UAAGUACUUAAGCUGUUCCAUCUAGAAUUCAGGUGCCCUUUACACAGUUGCCAUGAGCUGUUCUUUCGACACUCACCAGAAACACAAGAUCCCCAAAGAUCUUUUCCUGGCGCACUUAUAUGGAAACUAGUAGUGCCAUUUUUAAAGUGGUGGAGGACCAACGACGAAGGUUCUCUGUCACUAACUACAACAAGAGGACCGGUGAAGAUGAUGACCAUGGCGGUAGGAAGAAAAAGCAUAGAGAGAUCGAGAGGCAAAGACGGCAAGAAUUGGCCUCGCUUUUCACGAGUCUUAGAUCCAAACUGCCCCUCGAAUUCAUCAAGGGAAAGCGUUCUAUGUCAGAUUACAUGAAUGAGGCCGUAAAUUACAUCAAACACCUGCAGACGAAGAUCAGAGAGCUGAGCUUCAAGAGAGACGAGCUCAAAAGCAUUCAUAGUUUGGCUAACCUUGACUCUCCUAGCUCCGAUUCUUCAGGCUUGACCCUAUUUACGGUCAAUUCAUGCUGCGAGAGUGUGGAAAUUGUGAUCAGCCGAAGCAUCAGGGAAAAGGAUUUGCUGUUAUCUACUGUACUAGAGCUACUGCUUCAACACGGACUUGAUGUUGUUAGCUGUUUUUCCUGUCAAGUCAAUGAUAGGGUAAUACACACAAUCCACUGCGAACUGGCUGAUGGAAAUGGAAUUAUCAAUUUAACUUUGUUGGAGGGGGAACUCAACGAACUGCUUAUUCCAGCAUUGAACCCUUGAUUGCAAUUUGCUAGUAAAUUAACAUAUGAGUACCAACUGUUGGUAAUACUAAAGAGGAUUUGUGACCCUUAUGGAAAGAUGAGGCCUGGUGCUUGGUUUGAACUCAGUUUCUGAUAUUGGAAGAGGUUUGAGAACUGAUUGUUGUAGUUUUUGCAUACCGGAAAUAUUGUAAAAUAGUGCGUUCCAUGCAAAAAGGAAAAAGAAACGUAUUGCGACAACUGAUGAGCUUCUUUGUAGAAAGCAAACAGCAAGAAGUUUCCUAGCUAAUCGGUAUGUCCUGCUUGUAAGUUGUGUGUAAUUGAUUUUUAUAUAUAAUAUGUUUGUCCUUGCACAAUCUACCAAGAGCUUUCAUGCUUUCCCAGUGCAUUUCAAUGGGCCAAAGAGAGGAGGCUAUAAGGUCGAUUUCUUACAAAAAAUAGGUAAAAUAAUUUGACUUUCUAUAUGCAUUUGUUGAGUAGAACUGAACUCAAUUUCUUG